AUGGACGCGAGCUCGCGACUGCCACACGCGUGGGCAGCGCCUCCUGCGUUCUCAACGACGCGCGCGUCCUCAGAUGCAGAGACAACGCGCCUCGCCGUCUGGCAGUUUGUCGCAGACACGACCGACAUCUGCUUUGCAGUCCAUGCCCGACAAUCGCAGCAACAGCAACAGCAGCAGCAGCAGCAGCAGCAGCAGCAGCAGCAGCAGCCGGUCUCGUCGUCGUCGACCACCAUCGCUCCAUCGUCGUCUGUGCCGUCUGCUUACAGGGCAGGCGUCGUCGUGCCGCUCGCCGAUUGGGACGGCAGCAGCAGCAGUAGCAGCAGCGAUGGAAUGGUGGCUUUGGCGGCUGCGAUUUCAGCUCAGUCUCACCAUCACCAGCACGACAGCACCACAUCAUCAUCAUUAUCAUCAUCAUCAUUGGCACCAGAGUUUGGCCACCCUGCCAUGGACGGCGCGGAGGGGAACGGACCAACCGCAGGGUCGUCUUCCUCGUCCUAUGCCCGACGCAGCGACAUUCAGGCGCUCCAGCCACUGCUGCACUACACCUUGGGCGUCUCACACAGCGGCCGCGGACUCGCUCUCCUGCUCGAGAUUGAGCGUCUCACACGCGAGGCACGGAAUUGCCGGCACCUCCAAGGAUUGCCUGUGCUGCUCAUGGCACUGAUGGAAGUCACCUCAAACUGGCCUGCCUCGGAAGACUUGGCCGCGCCGGCUGCCACUCCUACGGGCAGGGAUGGCGCAUCGGACCGGCGGGACGUCCAUGACCCGCUUCAUCCAACGACGACAACCACUGCCGCCGCUGCCCUCCUCACACCGCUCGGUGUAGACUUUCCGACCUUACCAGUCAUCUCGUACGAUCACCGCAGCUCCGAGUCGUACCUUCCCCGGGGACUGGCAAAGCUGAUUCCGGCGGAACUCGAAACGCGACCGCAUCUGCUCCACUCCCCCACCAGUCUUUCACUGUUGUACGCACAGAUUCUGGGCAAUCUCGCCAUCUCGGGCGCCGACACGUGCCGUGAGAUUCUUGCUUCGGGUCGACUCGUCCAUCUGCUCUAUGCGGUCGGCCUUGGUGGUCGGCGGUUGUUCACCUCAGCAUUCACCUCGCCAACGUCAUCUCGAUCACCAGGGCCAUCUGAAUCUGAUGGUGCCACCUCAGCUGCUGCUUCCGCCACUUCUCGCAUCCAGCCAAAUCUAGUUCACGCGCCUAGCCCAGCACUGCUGCCGCAAGAGGUCCUCUAUCUCACCUGGUUGCGAUGCAACUUGCGGCUGUGCUGCACCCUCGCCGAUUCCAUGUCAACAACGCUCGAAGACCUGCAGGUGCUGUUUGAGAGUGGCCUGCUGGCCUUUUUGCUUCGGCUUCUGACCGACUCGGGCACCAUGCACCCGACGCUUGCCCUGGAGGCCUGUGAAGCAGUCAUGUUUGUCAUUCAAGGGUCCUUCCUCUUGUCGCCCGUCCUCCUGAAUGAGUUUUCAGCCGGAGGUGGCUAUGCGACGCUGCGACACAUUCUGUUUCAGGUCGAUGUGCACGGCUCUGAGCAAAAUGUCGCAGAGCUCAUCGAGCACAUGCUCCGCUUUGUCACGGUCGGCACCUUCAUUCAUGUCGAGUCCUCGCUCAUUCCGGCCUCGCGCUCGCGGCUUGGCAUUGAGGUUUGCAAUGUCGAGACAGUCAAGGUGUUGUUGGCGCUGUACGACUCGAGCCCGUACCUCAGCACGCAGCGCAAGGUCAUCCAAGCCAUCCACGCGCUUCUGGCGGAAAACUCGCUCAACUUUGCUCGCUUGCACUCCACCCACAUGGUUUCGCAUCUACUGAGCCGAUUCCACGAAAGGCACGAGACAGUCCAAUCCGGCACCCUCCAUCUGCUAUCGAUGCUCCUGGCCGAUGGCUACAGACUCAGCGAAGAACUGCGCGAGUAUUGCAGCCUUCUGGUCGGCCCCUCGCCACACGCAGUUCUGCUCGUGGCUCGGCACAUGCUCACCGAAAUGCGACGCUCGGAGCGAUUUCGCGAUUCCCUGCGAGACGCAGCCGCAAUUCCCAUUCUCUCCCAGUUUCUCUGUGCGCCGGCGGAAUUGGCGUUCGGAUCGGAGCUCGGCAAUGCGCGCGAGCUCGAGCUAACCAUCCAGCUUCUCAAAGCACCGCUGCUGCCAAUCACUGGCGAGCACCCGUCCAAUCGCUCGCCCGACCCCUCGAUUUGGAGCGAGGCACGCCGCGCCGCCAUCAUCUCUGCCUCUCCCUUGCGCGCCACCGAUUCCGCUUCGGUCCAAUCCCUCGUCUUGCACGGGAUUACGCUCCAAGUAUUGUACACGAUUCGGGCGCUUAUUACCGAAAAUACGCACAACCAGUCCGAGUUUCACCAAUUGAACGGCUUGUCGCGUCUCUACCAGCUGUUGCCCAAUCCGCUGCUUCGACGCGCCGUUCUUUCCGUCAUUGAGGUGCUAGGGGUCACUCAAUUUGCUGUUCCAUGGAAUAUCAUCCCAGACCUUUGGUCUGUGUUCCGAGGCGCAAGUCAUCGUCCCAGCGACUUUGUGUCCAACGCAAACGUCGACAUGCUCGGUGCCAUUCUCGAAUCACUUAGCCGCAUCAUGGCGCGGAACGAGCCGGCCAAGCAGCCGUUUGUCGUGUCUGCCGCCGCUUACGAAUGGGCAGUCCAAGUUGUUUCGACGAUGGGGCAGGUGCUGUCAUCAGCCGGCAAUGAUACGUCCCAGACGAGCAGCAGCAGCAGCAGCAGCAGCAGCAGCAGCGCACCGUCUGCUGCCACUUCUUCCAACGGAACGGAUUGCUUGCAGCACGCGCGACUGCUCCAUGCCGUCUUUGUGCUGCUCCGACGACUAUUGCAGACGAUUGCAGUCUCCAUGAGCCACUCGGCGCACAAUCAGACCUAUUUUCGCGAACGAGUCCGCUUUUCCUCCCUGUUUGAGCCACUGGCGGCCACGGGAUUGAUCAACUCGUGCUACGGCAUGGACCUCGUCGACACUCUGCUUGAGCUUGCCGUGCUGCACCCGUGGCCGGCGUCGUGCGCGCGACACCCGUCGCCUCAAGUGCCUCCAUACCUUCUUCCCAACAGUGGCAUUCUUGCUCCGCGAACGACGCUCUCCUUGAUUGGCAAUGGGCGAAUUGCCCACGCGUCGCGCAGUCUCCAAGACAAGUGCGGGCACUGUCAGGCAUCCAUGCUCGUUCAAAACGCCGAGGCGAUCGAGUUGCUCGUGCUGUUGUUAACCCACGCAGACCGCGAUCAUCGCGUUCGCUUCCCUGUGUCGGCGACCGAACCCGCCCCGGAUCACCACUAUUACGCGGCAUACCAGCGCACCUUGUCUGCAGAUCUAUUUGCGUCCACCCUCACUCCACCCACUCAGCAUGGCGCGAACGUGGAUACGCCAACAACCCAAGCUGGCAGUGCCAGUAGCAGCACCCCUCUCGUCGGGAGCUCUGAUGACGAGCUGGACAUUGGAAAUGUGGACGACACGUGCGUCUACGCUUGGACUGCCAUUAUUUUGGUCAUUCGCUCCAACAUUGCGAAUCGCGCCACGCUCUGCGCCUAUGGCAUCAUUCCUGUCAUUAUCGAUCUGCUGGGACCAGUUCUGCUCAACGACCUCAUUCGCAUUCAACUCUUGGUUCUCGAGGUCAUCUGCCUGCUGGCUCGCUACUCAAUGUCAAAGCUCGCCUUGCGCAAGUUCCUCGAGCUUUUGCGCCAUCCUCGCUACCCACAGUCGCUAACCGACACGCUGUGCAGCAUUGCCAAACGCGACCGCCCCGCACCUGCCCACUACAUUGACUUUCAGCACACCCAGCGCGACCGCACUGCGGCCCUCAACUUUACGCUGCGUGAAGGAACGCUGUUCAGCUCGUCAUCGAAAGGCUUUUGCGCGUCCUUGUGGUUGCGCGUGGUGUCGUACACGCUGCCCGUUGACUUUGCCAACGUCAAGUCCGCGCCCGUGCUCUUUGUCUCGCGAAUGCAGCAACAGGCGUCCUCUGCACUCCCUUCCCCCGGCUUGGUGCAGUCUGGAGGGUUUGCGCCAACAACGGAUGCACCCGGGCCCUCCGUCUCCAAUGCAGACUGGCGGCAAGGCACUGAGGUGCUCACCGAGGGCGCCGUGCAUGUCAUGUCCAUGACGACUCCUGUGGGCCACAUUUCCAUGCUCAUCGAAGCCGGAGGACACUUUAUGCUCAAGAACAGCGCUGGCGAUGUCGCCACCUUCCACGAAGCCACCAUUUCCCUCGGAAAGUGGCACCACAUUGCCGUGUCGCAUGCCCGUCGCUCUGGGCGGAAGGAUAAGAACGGCAAGGUCUUGCUGUGGGUGGACGGCACCUUUGCUGGAGAAGCUCGCUUCCCAUAUUUGGCCACCUCCAAUGUGCCGUUUGCGCCGCACAUUACCUUCAAUGUCAGCCAGACGGUGGCGCCGUCUUCCAGCGACCAUCACGCUCCUCCCUCCUCCGGGUCUGCUGCAACAGCCGCGUCGAGCGGUCCACGGGAUGUUUGUGCACUGACCGGCGAUGUGCCAAUCCACUCCUGGCAGUUGGGCCAUGUCCUGGUUUUGGAGGACCAUCUGUUCCAGGCCGCCGAAGUCUGGUCACUGUUUGUUCUGGGUCCCAAUUACAGCGGCAGCUUUGUAGCAGAUCCUGCGUCGUUUUUUACCCACGAGCUCAUCAAUGAGCAGAAUAUUCGUGCGCGAACGCUCCCAGAGUUGACCCUGCAAACCUCUUCCAGUUUGCUUCACAUUCAAGAGCGCAUUGCCUUCAUGUACUUGCCUCGUGGCUCGUACGUCAUUCAAACAGUGAGCGCACCCACCUCGAAUCUCACCGUGGCUGUCGCGCAAGUGGCGGCAGCAACCGCCGCUGCCACAACGACCACCAGCGGAGCAGCUGCUCUUGAAGGCUUGGACGGCGCAAUUGCGGCUGCUGCCUCAGGAGCCACCGUGCCCACAACCAUUAUUGGAGCUAGCUCUGCGUUGCAGCAGAUUGUCUCUGCCUCUGGUGGGGCGGCUGUCGCUGGAGACGGUACAAUGACGGCCGCUGCCACAGCCUCCUCGCUUGGAAUUGCUGCUGCCCUUUCCAGCGUGGCGGCUGCGUCGCUGACAACCACCGUGGCUACGCUGGCCACAGGGCAGCUGCCAAAUGCAGUUCCUUCUCGAUCGAGUGGCGGCGUCGCCGCGGCUGAUGUCACAACUCCGGCCACCAUGGUUGCUGCUACGGCCGGCUCGAUGCCAGCAUCGCUUGCCAACGAUGGCGAUCGUUUGCUUGUCCCCGUCGCCGUGCGAGUUCUACCUCCUGCUGUCGUGUGCACUCGGCGCGAUCUCAAGGAGGCUGUCUUUGACGUGGGCGGCGUCAGCAUUUUCAUUCAUCUUCUUGCCAAAGCGCCUCCCGUGGAGGCUCUCCAGUGCAGUGCAAUGCGUGUCCUGUUCGCCUUGCUCGAACAUCAUCCACAAAACCGCGCCCAGAUGGACAAGCUGAGUGGCUACCAGCUGCUCGGCAAGUUUAUGCGCACCACGCGCUGCCAGCUGGGCCUGGAGAUGCUUCGCGUGACAUUUGAUGCAGUUUGCACUGGGCUUGCGCACCAGUCGGGCGAGUACGACCAACAUCCGUCUCCUACCGCGUCGCCCGCGCCGUACUCUGCGCUUCGGCCAGGUUUGGAGCCACGCUUGCGCGCGGAACCUGCCAGUCAAGUGCCAUUCAACACAUUGCCAAUCGGAAUUGUCAAAAACCCGCAAGCUCUUGCCCACAUGCUGCUCGACUGGCGAAUCUGGCAUCGUGCUCCAAUCCUCGUCCAGGAGACGCUCGCCCGUCGCUUGGCUGAUCUCGUUUCGGCUGAUAACCUGUUCCGCGAGUUUAAUCUCUUGCAGUUUCGCAGCGCGAAUGCCCUCGAGCGCUUGCUCGCCUUGUUUCAUGACUUUGAUCGUCUGCCCAGCGGCGUCGCCAGCGCGCUCGUCGAGAUGCUUGCCAGCAUCAUGCCUGCGCCCUCGCGGGAAGCGAACGAGUUUCAAGACAUUUUGGGCUUUUUGGUGGCCUCUCACCCGACAGCAGAAUCGGUCACGGCCGCCUCCUCUGGCCCGACCCUGUCGGUCUCGUCCUCCGCCUCAGCCGCCGGCACCAGCAGUAGCAAUACCAGUUCCACCGUGGGUGGCGCUGCAACGGCCAACCCUGCGGCGACGCUGAAUGCUCCACAGCCCGCCGCUCCUGUUCGCAGCGGCAGUGCGUCCGCAGCAUCAUCAGCGUCAUAUCUUGCCUCACGCAGGUCUGCGGCAAUGGCUGCAGCCGCUUCCAGCAGCAGCGAGGUCGCAGCUUCAACCACUUCCCCUGCUGCUCCUGUUCCUGAAUCUGGAGCAACACCCACGCUGAGCUCGACACGCUCGACAAGCCCGCGGCCAACCAAUCGCCGGCGGCUGCUUUCAUCGCCUGUGCGUGCUGGAGCGCCAAUCCCAGAGAUUGCGUUCGGUGCAGCUACGACAAGUUUGGCCACAACGUCGCUGUCUCCGUCUACUUCUGCCAGCUCGCUCUCUCAGUCAAACUCGAGCGAGUCUUUGGCGUCUGUUGGCGCCUCCCCGGCUUCACCCCACCUGUACCCCACCGUCCGACAGGAUAGCUCCGUCCAGGCGUUCAUGCUACCGCACACCGCUUCCAUUGAAGUGCUGCACGACAAGCAAGAUGUGGCAAUGGCUUCCGCGCGUGUCGGGACUCUUGACAUGCUGCUUUCCAUGCUUGUUCGAAAGUCCGACGCGGUGGUGGAGCAGUUUGCCAAUCAGUUCAAGCUCGAUGUGCUUCUCGCCUUGCUCAACCACGAAUCCAUUGAAACGCGAAUUGCGCUGCUGAAAAUUUUGCACUUACUCUUGCGGCGAGGGGGCGUGCCACUACGAUCCCGUUUCCUCCGCAUGAAUGGUUCCCACCUGCUGGCCAACCAGCUCAAGCACCACGAUGUGAACGAUCAGCUCUUUGCAGUCCUGUUUACCAUGUUGCUUGGUCCGGCUGGGCUGUACCAGUCGCGAUUCAUGUCUUCCAACAACUCUCAGCCUGCCUCGGCUCCCGCCGUUUUGCCCGGUGCAGGUCUUCCCUUGAGCUUUCACCGCGGUCACGUCGACAGCGCGUCGUUCGAUGACUCACAGCUGGCCGAUGCUGGCUUGGGACGAGAGGACGAUCUGUCAUCGAGCGCCCCUGCAACCCCGCCGCCCGAUUCCUCCUCAUCGACGUUCUCGACCAUGUUUGGUCUUGCCUCGCCUGGAGUUUGGACACACCCACAACCUGUGCAUCAGUUCCCUCAGGCACCUCGAUACCACGGUGGUGCCGCGGGGAAUGAGCGUGCGCUGAACAUGUCAUCCACUGCAUCCCUCGCUUCGGGCACGUCCGCUGGUUUCACACCCAACAUGGCACCGUCCGCAACUCCCUCCUUGCUGUCCGCCGCAGGAACCAUCACUUCUACCUCGACCAACACCAAUUCUUCGGGUAGUAUCACGAGCGGCAGUGCUUACGGCGGCAGCCAAUCCCACACCAAAGAGCUGCAGCAGAACUCGCAGCCGCUCAUGCUGGGUGUCCUGCUUUCUCUGAUUGAGAACGCAGUGGGCGCUCCCACCCUCUGGCGUAGCGUCUUGCUGAGCUUGCGCGAUCUAUUUGUCGAGCGAACCGACUUGCAGCGCCAGAUGCUUGAACAGGGCUUGAUCGAGACGCUGGCCGGCCUCCUCGAAACUGUCGUCUCGGGCAUGCACGCGCACACCAUGAUGCUGCUCAUCCAGCAACAUAUUCACGCACACGCCGAUGGCGAGACGGAAGAUGCGGCGUUGCCGUCGUCUGCGAGAUUUUCCCCCAUUCUCGAAGACGACAAGGAGGCACCUACCUCCGUCCUGGACACCAGCGCAGAGGCAGCAAUCGGCACAGUCAGUGACUCACAGUCCAUGACUUACGAGUUCCCACAACCAUCGGUUCCGCCGUUGAUUGUCGAGACGAGUUUGGUGAAUGACGCCCACAUGUUGGACGUGUGCUUUAGCAUUUCCGGGGCCGAGCAGCCGUUGGUGCGCUUGACCUUUGGCCCUGUUGCGUCUGCCCAGCUGCCAGCCGUUGUGGGCGAAGGCGUGACGGCAACGCCAAAGUCCGUAGCCCCGGCCCGAGCUGCUUCGCAGCCAUCGUUCGUCCCAGGGCGGGCGUCCUUUGCGCGGGCGACCUCCAUGACGACGAGUAGCUCAGGCUCAACCUCUUCCAUCCCGGCUGUCGUGACGGCCAUUCCUGAGGCGACUGGCGUUGCCAUGAUGUGCGAUGUCGUCGACUUUUUCAGAGCCAUUGUCGCCGCCGCCUGCCGCAACGUCGAUCAAUUUCCUCUUUUAGACGAGGUGCUGAUUGCCAUUUCCAAGCUGCAGCGUCCUACUCCCAAUGCUUCGUCCUCCACGAGUGCGCCUCAAGUCUACUUUACGACGGGGUUGACGCUCGUUCAAGUGCAGUCGCUCAAACGCACCAUCCUUCAGGAGACGGUGGACUUUUUCUAUCACAACGUGAGCUCUGACGACUUUGGUCGUCACGACCACUUGAUUACCAAUUUCGUGUCUGUUUGUGCGCUGGCGGUAGAUCACAUUCUCUACGGCGAAACCGCCAUCGCGCAGACUGCUGCCCAGACUGCUGCUGUCCCUCCCAGCGCGGUUGCUGGAACGCCCUUCUCUGGUCCAGUUGUCUUCCAAGAGGCCCAGUUUGACUUUAUUCGCGAUGUAUUUGGCAUUAUGAAUGGCAUUUUUGCCACGAGCAACAGUAGUGCUGCCGGCGGCGCCAACCAAGGCAGCGGCGACAACAAAGCGGCCUCUCUGGGCACCGCCAGUCCGUCGGGAUCUGCUUCCAUAGCGACCUUCCUUUCCUCCAUGCGGCCGGGUGGCACACACGCUGCCGAGUUUCUCCCAGUGUUUGCUGCCCAAGUUGCCAUCCAGUCGCAGCUGAGCCGUUUGGUUGUCUUCUUGCUUUCGCCUCAGCAGGUCCAGUCUCAGCGCGAGGCCACAUUGGUCCAACUGCUCGACACCUUUACGACCAUUACAAACUUCCCGUCCGAAGCUCGGCCCGUGCUGCUGAUGAUGUGGCAUCUUCACGACAUUGUCAAGAACGCGAACGACGCGGCGACUCGGGCAGAAAUUGUGGACGCUGCUAGCCGCAUUGCGGCGUCUCUUGCGCAGCAUCGAAAUCUUGUCAAAGAAUGGAUUGAUUGGGGCAAGUCGUCGUUUGCGCCACCGCGCUUCCACGUCGAAUUCCUCCCCAACGGCGAGAAGGAAGUGCGGACUUGGAAAGAGCAGGAAGCGACAACGAUGAUCAACUGGCGCACCGAAAACAUGACUGCCAAGUCGCGCUUUGAGUCGCAGAUACUCAAAGCCAAGCGAACGAGCAGAGCGGAUGCCAUGCAAGUCACCUCCACGGCAUUGGCGCUGCUCGGCGAGCAGCAGAAGGCCGAGCUUGCCCGCCUCAGGCGCAUUAUUGAAACGGAACGCACCCUCCAACGCGUGUGGAAGUCUCUCAUCAAAGAGGUCACUCAAGAGCGGGCCGUGUGGUGUGACUUGCCGGAAACGAUUGUUUGGCAGCUCGACCCGACAGAAGGACCCAACCGCAUGCGUCGCCGUCUCAAGUACUCUUCUCGCCAGAUUGACUACCCGCCGCCUGUACGGUCUGCUGCUGCGGUGUUGUUCCCGCCGGCUUCUGGCAGCAAUGGCGCAGCCUCCGGAGAUGCGGGUGCAGUGGUGUCCAACAGCGCCGCCCAGGCCCAGACCCCCACGGCGCCAAUGACUCUGCUGACUGCUGCACUCGAGUCUACUGUCGACGCCCUAUCGGGCUUGUUCGAAGAGGCCGAUGCACUUGUGAGCACGGGGUUGAGCAAUCUGACGGCGGCCGAUGUUGCGCAAAACCCGCCGCCUGACGAACGCAUUGUGCUCUCGUUCCAAGCCAUGCGCAUUACGCCUUUCAAGCGCUACCACGGCGAUCUGCUUGUCGGGACGGACAAUGUCUUUUUCAUGGAGUCUCCCUCUGGCGCGGCUGCCUUUGACGAAGAUUUGGACGAUGCCCCGAGUGCCGGCGCAAAGUCGCUGCACGUGUAUGACUCGGUGACGAGCCCACCCGUCAAUGCGCAGCCAGUAGGGUUGGAGGCAGCAAGUGCUGGUGCGUUGGGCGACGGCGCUGCUGCCGGCUCUUCCGCGAGUCAACCUCGCCGAAAGCAGGCGACCGUGCGCCAAUUCCGCCCUUGGAAAAACCGCGGAACGCACAUUGUCAGCUUCUUGCUCGAGGACAUUGAGAAAAUCCACAAGCGUCGCUACUUGCUCAAGAACAAUGCGUUGGAAAUCUUCCUGGUCAACGGCAAAACCUUCCUGCUCGCCUUCCAGUCGACCAAGUACCGAAACGAGCUAUUCGAGCGCCUCAUGGCGAUGGACUUGCCACAUUUUGUCAACUACGAAGACGAGGUGGGCGGCAGCCUUUUGCGCAAGUCGAUUCGCGAAAAGUGGUCUUCGGGCCAGAUGAGCAACUUUGAGUACUUGAUGCAUCUCAACACGCUGGCCGGCCGUUCCUUCAACGAUCUCACCCAGUACCCAGUGUUGCCGUUUGUCUUGGCCGAUUACUCGUCUGAUGAGCUCGACCUGACCAACCCCGCCACCUUCCGCGACUUGUCAAAGCCCAUGGGCGCGCAAAACCCAGAACGGUUUAAAAAGUUCCUCGAAAAGUACGAAAGCAUCUCGGAUAUGGGCGACGACCAGCCCUACCAUUACGGCUCGCACUACUCCAACAUUGGUUCGGUGCUGCACUUUCUGGUGCGUCUGGAGCCCUUCACGCAGUACUUUGUUGAAUUCCAAGGCGGCAAAUUUGACAUUCCAGACCGCACCUUCCACUCGAUUGCCCAAACAUGGAAGCUCUCGUCUGCCUUGUCGAGCUCUGACGUCAAGGAGCUCAUUCCUGAAUUCUUUUUCCUUCCCGAAUUCCUCAUCAACAUGAACUCGCUCGAUUUGGGGUUGAAGCAAGACAAUGUGCCCGUCCACCACGUGCAGCUCCCACCGUGGGCAAAAGGUGAUCCACGACGGUUUAUUCUGUUGCAUCGCCAAGCGCUCGAGUCCAAGUACGUGUCCGAGAACCUACACCUGUGGAUUGACCUGAUUUUCGGAAGCAAGCAAACCGGCGAGGCCGCGCGGAAGGCCCACAAUCUCUUCCAUCCCUUGACUUACGAGGGUGCGGUUGACGUUGACAACAUUCAGGAUCGGCUGCAGCGCCAGGCAACCAUCGCCCAGAUUCGCAGCUAUGGACAGACUCCAAAGCGAAUUGUCAACAAGUCCCAUCCGACGCGCACCGUCACGGCGCCGCCACCGCCUCCCCUCUCUGUGGCCGUGGCUCCCACCCCUGCCACCAACGCGAACUUGGCUGCGCCGUCGUUCAGCUCGUCGCCCACCACGGCGUCUAGACACGUGUAUCUCCCUGUCAUGGUUGAGCACACUGGCACCGUCGUCCUUCCGCGCGUGCCGAUGGAGGUCAGCCAGCAUCCCGCAGGAAUUGUCGGGGAUGUGGGAGCGUUUAUGCAACACGACUCUCCCGCGGCGCAGCUUGUUCAGCCUGCACUGACGCGAGCACACCCACACGCAAACAUCCUCCAUUCGAGUGUGGUGCGCCACCGUGCAGCCGCAGGAAUGACCUCGGCUGCAGUGUCUGGCGGCUCGUCGGCGUUCUCCAGCUCCAACACCAACCCCAGCGCGAGGUCAGGCGCAGAAAAGCCGCACCAGCGCAAGAGCUCGUCGAUUGUGGCGGGACAGCAGUUGCCGCCACACAUGUCGGCAUACAUGGUCUCACUGUACGACACCAUCUGGUUUGCCGUCGAUCCGCGCAAUGCGCCUUCCGUAACAUGGGAGCGCACCCUUGGCGAUCCCGUGCAGCAAGUAGAGGCCUACGACGGCAGCUUUACCGCCCUCGGGCCGUGUCGCACGUUGGUGCGUGGCGACAAGUCUCGUCACUACUAUGUCAGCUGGGGCCAUUGGGAUCGAACGCUGCGUGUUUGCUCCCUGGAAAGCCAUCGUGUCGUCUCGAGCGUCGAGCUCUUGCACGACGAUGAGGUCACCUGCUGUGUCGCGCCGCCGGACGGCCGCAUUCUCGUCACUGGCGGCACUUCGAGUGUCCUUGUUGUCUGGAAGGCGGUGCGCGAGACCAGCAAGCGGAUGGACCUGACGCAGCCCGUGUCUCUCCACGGCCAUUCGCAAGCCAUCACCUGUCUGGCCGUGUCGCGUCCUUUUAGCGUGAUUGUCAGUGGCAGUCACGACAGAACUGUGUCUGUUUGGGACUUGAACCGACUGCGCCACGUGCUGUCAUUGCGCGGUCACGAGGGCACCGUCAUUUGCGUGGCGGUCAGUUCGUGCUUGGGCGACAUUGUCACCGUGUGCGAAGGACCGUCAACCACCUCUUCUUCUUCUUCUUCUUCUUCUUCUUCAUCUGGACUGUCCACUGCAGGUCACGGCCACCACCACGCUUCUUCCUUCCUGCCUGGGUCGGCCGCGGUUUCGGCCGCUGCCGCUACAAUGGCCGCAUCCGCGAGCGCUGGUGGUGGUGGUGCGUUUGGUCUUGGCAAGCACCACGCCUCCUUGUCCCCGCACCGCGUCCGCUCCAGCAUGGCCUCGGCAAACCCAGUCUCCAAUUCCGUCGGCAGCGUCAUUCGACUUUGGACGGCGAACGGCACGCUUGCGGCGCUGACCACUUGCACACGCAAAGUUCUGUGCACUGCCCUUUCUUCCGUCACCGAAGGAUCCGUGGUCAACGUCCUUGCUGCGGGACUCGACAAUGGGUACAUCAACCUGUACAGCAUGUGGGAUUUGACGCACACCAUGACGCUCACGCCGCCUGGUGAGCCCCAGCCAGUGCUCAGCCUGAGUUUCUCCAGCGACGCCAGUGAGCUCUACGUCGGCGAUGAAACCGGGCGCGUCAUUUUGUGGACGCGUCCUCACAAGCAUCGGUCUGCGUUCUCUGUUCGCUCGACGUCUGCCACGCCCAGCUUUGUCGUUCAGCAGCAGGUGGCUGCGGCGGCCGCGCAUCAGCUGCUUCAGCAACAGCAGCAGCAGCAACAACAGCAGCAGCAACAACAGCAGCAACAACAACAACAACAACAACAACAACAGCAACAAGAGCAAGAUCAAGAGCAGCAACAACAAGGGCAACAACAACAACAAGAGCAGCAGGACUAACUUUCAUGCGAUUGCAGCCUGACCCACCACCACCACCAUUAGCACCACGUUCCUUUUUGUUUUGUA